AUGUCCUGCCAGCAGAACCAGCAGCAGUGCCAGCCUCCUCCCAAGUGUGCCCCCAAGUGCCCCACCCCUAAAUGCCCCCCAAAGUGCCCCCCAGUCUCCUCUUGCUGUGGCGUCAGCUCCGGGGGCUGCUGCGGCUCCAGCUCCGGCGGCUGCUGCAGCUCCGGGUCUGGGGGCUGCUGCCUGAGCCAUCACAGGCGCCGCAGGUCCCACCACUGCAGACCCCAGAGGUCUGACUGCUGCAGCCAGCCCUCAGGGGGCUCCGGGUGCUGUGGAGGGGGGAGUGGUCAGUCCUCUGGAGGCGGCUGCUGCUGA